AUGAGAGUCGUCCAUCUCGCCCUGCUGCUGCAGGUCGCAUGCGCAGGCAGCCUGGGUUCCCGUCAAGGCAAACGAUGCGGCAUCGACCAAGGAAGAGCAGCAUGUCCCAAAGGCCUCUGCUGCUCCAAGGAAGGCUGGUGCGGCAACGGGUUCGAAUACUGCUCCUCCCCAGCCUGCCAAGUCGACUACAGCGACAGCUGCGACGGCAACAUUCGCCCCCCGGGCCCGAGCACCAGAGACGCAGACAGAGGCAAGCUCGGCUCGGUGCCGUACGGAGAGGCAAUCUACCACUGCGAGCAGUACGGGGUGAUUGCCCUGACGUACGACGACGGUCCGUACGAAUACACGUCGCAUCUGCUGGAUCUCCUGCAAAAGCACCAGGCAAAAGCAACGUUUUUCGUGACGGGCAACAACCUGGGCAAGGGCCGCAUCAACGACGCCUCGCUCCCGUGGCGCAGCCUCAUCCUGCGCAUGGAGCGCGAAGGCCACCAGAUUGCCUCGCACACCUGGUCGCACCAGCGGCUGCCGCUCGUCUCGGACGCUCAGCUCGACAACCAGGUCAUUUACAACGAGAUCGCGCUGGCGGACAUCCUCGGCUACUUCCCCACGUAUCUCCGUCCGCCGUACUCUGCCAGCGACGACAGGGUGGACAGCCGGCUGGGGGAGCUGGGGUACCACGUCACCUAUUUCAACCUCGACACGGAGGGGUACCUGCACGAUUCGGGGGAGGCCAUUGGCAUCUCCAAGGGGAUAUGGGACGGGGCGGUGGAGGGCAAGGACGCGGGCGGGACGAAGUGGUUGGGCAUCGAGCACGACACGGUGUACCAGAGCGUGUACAACCUGACCGAGUAUAUGCUGGAGUCGUUGGUCCGGAACGGGUUUAGGAGCGUGACGGUGGGCGAGUGCCUGGGGGAUCCCGAGGAGAACUGGUACCGGAGGGUUGGUGAUGCGUGA